AUGAGUUGCCCACGAAAUUUCAUUCAAGAAGCUAUCGAAGAAGCUUGUUCUACCGAUCAAACCCACUUUUUACGUGUACUCGUUCCAAACACACUACUAUCAAUUUAA